UACUGACAUAUAGUGUCUGUUUAACAUUAAUAUUUAAACUGUUGUUGAGAAAAAUAUUAUCUAAAAAUUUUAUGAUGAAACAGAUAAAUCUGUGAACUUGAAUAGUAUUGAAGUUUUAAGUGGACUAGUCAAAGUCUUUAUUUAUUUAUUUAUUUAUUUUGUGGGAACUUGUCAAAGUCUUUGAUAGACUAGUCAUUGCAGUCUAUGUAGGAAAAAUCUCAAUUUAGUGGACCUUGAAAAUUUUCCUUAAUUCCACCAUUCUUUUAUAUGACUUGGUCAAACAUUGGAAAUGGUGGUUUACCUACCGAUUUUAUUAGAGACGUGAAGGAGAAAAAAGUUCAUUUUGCACAUUAAUUUGGUGUUAGACUUCAACUAAGGACAGCUCAAAAUGGUUUCUUUUUAAUGCUUAGGCAAUAAAUUUAUUAAAAAGAAAAGUCUAGCAAAGACCAUUUUUUAUGGAAAUAUUCAUAUUCUGAAAUCAGAAUUAUCUUUAAUCCUCUUGGGCUAAUGUGGAAAAUUUAUGUUAUGUUGGCACAUAAUUAAGUUGUAGAUGAAUUUGUCAAAACAAUAAAAUUCUGCUAGCCUCUCUUCUACUUGUCUUUCUCUCAGAUUCAUAAGUUUGGCCAUAGCAAAGCCCCAAUCCUGGAAAAAUGUUCUCCAGUCUAAACACCCAAAUUACAGCAAAAGGUUUCAACAGAGUAGCUUCUGUUGCUGCUUCUGCAAUGCUUAUUGUUCCAAGCAUUUAUAGAAUUCAAAAAUACUUUUUUUCCAGCCUUUCUGAAGAACAAACUAUAGUUAUAGAGGAUGAUCAAGAGUGGGGUUCACUAAACGAAGAAUUUCGGGCUGUUGAUAUCUAUUUGGGCACCAUAGUGUCCUAUUCCUUUGAGAGAUUAAGAGUGAUGAAGGACAGGGAUAUGAGGAAACUAGUAUGUAGCUUGGAUAUAAAUCAAGAGAUAGUUGAUGUUUUUCAAAAUGCGCGAGUCAAGUGGAGGUUGAAAUUUAGACAUGUGGAAGCAACUGAUCAUAGGAGAGAACACUUUAUAAGAUUCUAUGAGUUAAGUUUUCAGAAGAAACAUCAGGAAACUGUGUUGAAUUCUUACAUGCCAUACAUUUCAGAGCGAUCAAAGGCUAUUAGAGAAGAAUGCAAGGCAAUAACGCUCUAUCAGGUAGGCUCAGAAUAUACCGUCGAUUUCGAUCACCCAAUAACGUUUGAGACCCUUGCAAUGGAUUCAGAGAUCAAAGCAACGGUGUUAAAUGAUUUGAACACCUUCAGGAAUGUUGGCAAGGCGAAGGAAUGUUACAGAAGUAAUGGAAAAGCAUGGAAACGUGGUUACUUGUUAUAUGGUCCUCCUGGCACAGGCAAGUCAAGCUUGAUAGCAGCUAUGGCUAAUCACUUGAAGUAUGACAUCUAUGACUUUGAUUUAUCAGGAGUAGAAAAUAAUCCUGGUGAAUAUUUGUGGUCAAUGGUUCGUAACAGUUCAAGCAAAUCUAUGCUUGUGUUCGAAGAUAUUGACAGUAGUAUCAAGCUACAAAACCCAGAAUCAGAGGAUCAACCAGGACGAAGUGGUCAUUAUAUGGAAACACUCUUGACACUUCUCAAUGAGGCUUGGUCAUGCUGUGGUGAUGGACAAAUCAUUGUCCUGACAACCACUCAAAAGGAAAUGCUUGAACCUCAGCUACUGAAGCCUGGUCUAAUUGACUUGCCGAUUCAUAUGUCAUAUUGUACCAUUUCUGCAUUUAACCAAUUGGCGUUCAAUCAUUUUGGAAUUCGACAUCACAGACUCUUUGAAGAUAUUGAAGGGCUUAUACAGAAGGUUGAAAUCACCCUGGCAGAAGUUGCAGUAGAACUCAUGAAGAGUAGGGAUGCUGAAGUUUCCCUCCAUGGCCUAGUCAGAUUGCUUCACAAGAAGCUAGCUGAAAAGGAAAAUUUGCAAAAGUGAGUGACAAGCAAGAUCAAUAAAGAGGACGUUACAAAAUAAAUUAUAUAUAUUUUCUUUAGUAAUUUUCUAUUUCCCUGAAUACGUAACAAAAUUUAUCAGUUUUUUAAUUGAGGAGGCCCAUUGAAUGGUAGCACAAUACGAGGACUUAAUAAAGAUAGCCCUUCCCAUUUCAUAA